GUUGCGCCAACAGAAGGUUCACGUGAUUUUAAUCUGGAGGUUGUGCAGUUCAAAAUCUUUAAUGAUGUGCAUUCGAAUACAUGCAGACUAGCGUUAGCCAUCAACGUCAUCUUUACCACUCCAUCAUCUUGAUCGCCCUCCAAAUAAAGAUUCUCGUUCAAGAUGACGACCAUCUCAAAGAUCAAGGAGAUCGAAGAUGAAAUCAAUAAAACACAAAAGAACAAGGCCACAUCAUACCAUUUGGGACAAUUGCGUUCCAAAUUGGCAAAGCUACAACGUGAAUUAAUCAACCCAACUUCAGGUGGCGGUAGCGGUGGUCCAGGACAAGGCUUUGAUGUUGCAAGAACGGGUAUUGCAAGUGUUGGUUUUAUUGGAUUUCCAAGUGUGGGUAAAAGUACAUUAAUGUCGGGCUUGACUGGAACCACAUCCGAAGCAGCAGCAUACGAAUUCACAACCUUGACAACCGUUCCAGGAACGAUGGACAUCAAUGGAGCAAAGUUACAAAUUCUAGAUUUGCCCGGUAUUAUUGAAGGUGCAAAGGAUGGUAAAGGUCGUGGUAGACAAGUCAUUGCUGUUUCGCGGACGUGUAAUAUGAUCUUUAUGGUUUUGGACGUUUGUAAACCAUUGGCAGAUAAAGCAAAGUUGGAAAAAGAAUUGGAGGGUGUAGGAAUUCGUUUGAACAAGCAGCCGCCGAACAUUUCCAUCACAAAGAAGGACAAAGGAGGAGUGAUGAUCUCACAUACCGUCCCACUAACAAAGAUCGAUCAUGAUGUAGUCAAGGCAGUCUUGAGCGAAUACAAGAUCAACAGUGCCAGUGUCAUGUUCCGACAAGAUGCUACAGUGGACGAACUGAUUGAUGUGAUUGAAGGAAACCGAGUAUACAUCCCUUGCAUUUAUGUUUUGAACAAGAUCGACCAGAUUUCCAUUGAAGAACUGGACCUCCUAUACAAGAUUCCCCAUUCUGUUCCAAUCAGUUCGAAAGAAUGGCUAAAUAUCGAUGAGUUGACGGAAAAGAUGUGGGAAGAGUUGAGGCUUGUACGUGUAUACACAAAACCAAGCAAAGCACCACCAGAUUAUUCACAACCAGUCGUGCUACGACAAGGCAAGUCCAGCGUUCUAGACUUUGCCAAUGCAAUUCACAAGGAAAUCGCUAAACAACUUAAAUUUGCCAUGGUGUAUGGUGCUUCUUCCAAACAUCCUCGUGGACAGAGAGUUGGUGUCGAUCAUAUUUUGAUGGACGAAGACGUUGUGACGCUAUUCAAGCGCUAAAUAUCCCACUCAAAAUCUCUGCUUACCGAUACCGAUUCUACCAUUGUAUUUACACCAAUAAAAUUGAUUAACAGACAAUAU